AUGGAGACGUACAACCUCAAGACAGCGUCAGCAUACAUAAACAACCUGUUGUUAGCCCGCGGUCUGCUGCGCGAUGGGAAAUCAAUCGAGUUUGCGCACCCGUCGCGUGCAGAGGGCGGCAAAGAGGUCACCAUGGCGCAAAUAAUCAACUUGGUGCACGAUUUGAUCUUGAAGCGCGACCGCGAUCAGGAGUAUCGUGAAUCUGUCGCCGAAACGCUGCGCACCCAUCGCUCUGAAUCGACGCGUCAAACGCUUGCACUCGAAAGGCUGCAUGCCCGCAACGAAGAUGUGGCACGCCAACUCUCCCUCGCCCAGUCGCAAGAGCGCUCUGCUCGUGCUGCCCUCAGAACCGCCGAGUCGUCAGCGCGCAGUUUGCGUGAGGAGAUGCUGCGGCUCAAAACAACAGUGCAGCAAGUACGGACGAGUUGCGCAAACGAUGUGCGAAAGCGCGACGUGCAGAUUCAGAGACUGAAGAGCCACUUGACCACCCAACAACGUGGGAACAAGACCGGGCUGGUGGGCGCAAGCAUCACAAUCAACCCAGGGACCAUGGGCUUGGGGGGAGCAACAGGCAGUGUUCGAGAUGAUGGGCCUGAUCUUGAAGACGCGGAAUACAGCCUCAAGCAGGAGACGACCGAGUUCCUGACUCAGCUGAGCCAGAACUUGAGCGAUGAGAAUGACAGCCUCAUCGGCCUUGUACGGAGCACGCUGACGACACUGAGGGAGCUACAGGGCAUGCCAGAAGCCAUGAGAUCAGCAGAUGCAGGAGAAUUGUCAACCAUAGGCGAAGACGAGGAGGACUCCAGGCACGGCAUGUUGAAUGCUCUGCCAACCAGCUACGAGACUCUGGCCGACGACAUGGAUGCCGUUCUGGACAACCUCAAGAACCUACUUACGAACCCCAACUUCGUAUCUGUGGACGAGGUGGAAAUGCGAGAGGAAGAGAUACACAGAAUGCGAGCUGGAUGGGAGAAGAUGGAGUCUCGACUGCGGGAAGCCUUUAUGCUCAUGGACUCCUGGCGGAAGCGCAUGACCAACGGCGACACCAUAAAUCUUGAAGAGCUCAACAUGGGCAUGGGGUUUGGGGCUGGUUUGCAGGAAGUUGAAAGCGAAGAGGCGUCCAUGGUUGAUGAGGAGGAAGAGAUUGACGAUGCUGCCAGCUCUGUGUUCGAUGACGAGUUGGAUCAGGCGGAAGAAGAGCAGGACCAGAGCACGCCUGAGGCUAUUCGUGUUGUGGAUAAAACUACAAACUCGGACAUUUUCAAGCUGAAGCUGCGACCUGACCAGCCCGUCCUAAGAGAAACCGACGGCAACAAAUCGCAGAGUAGAUCGCCCCGUAAGGUCGCAUUCUCAGCAUCCAUACCCAAUACGCCCUCUCAACUAGAGGAUGAGAAUGCAGACGCAUCUGGGAUAGACCUGGUCGGCGUAAAUGAAUCCAGCCGCCCAACCUCCGCCACCAAAGCACCACCUUCAUCGGACCGAGCAUCCAGGUCCUCGAAUCAGGACAAUCGCACACCCCGCCAUGUACGUUGUGACAGCCUUGCCGACCAGAUCAUCGCGAUGGCCAGCAAAGUCACUUUUUCUUCAUCCCCCUCUCUUUCUCCCGACUCGCCAACAGCGCGGUAUUCUAACAACUUUCGGCAGACCAAUAAACGGCUCAGCAGUCCACGUGCACAUCCUGAUGAGCGAUUACCGAAGCUGUCAAUAAAGGAUAAACUUAUGGUGUGUCAGGCGGAAGCGGAAGCAGCCGCUGUCCCCGAAAGACUAGAUGACAGCCCGCGGGUGGAAAAAGAUGUGGAAACUACUGAGGAGCCGAAGCAGAGGCGGACUACGCGGUCACCGGUGAAGACACGAAUCAGUGGGCGGCCUAAGAGAAGGAAAAGUACGCUGACCCCUGCCGAGUUGGAGGAUCUUUUGGGGUGUUAA